AUGGCAGACACUGAGCCGGAAGGCUUCGCUUCGGUGGUUCGACCACACGACGGACAUGGAAAUGGACUUACACGAGCACUUUCAGCAUCAUCAGCAUUUUCAGAACGAAGAGGACAGAGGGCUUACGAUUCAGACGAAGAUAAUAAGGAUCAGCCAAUAAGUCUGGCCGAGGAUUGGAGUAUGAUGCCUGAGAUUCAAGCUAUACGAAACCAAGAAGAAAAAGAUCAAGUCAGAAGAAGGGAUUUGGGAGUAACGUGGAAGAACUUGACGGUUAAGGGAAUUGGAGCCGAUGCAGCUAUUAAUGAGAAUGUUCUAUCCCAGUUCAAUGUCCCGAAGAUCUUCCAGGAAGGAAGAACAAAGCCACCACUUAGGACCCUCGUCGAUAAUUCUCACGGAUGCGUUAAACCUGGAGAGAUGUUACUAGUUCUUGGAAGACCUGGAGCCGGAUGCACGACCCUAUUGAAGAUGCUUGCCAACAACCGAUUGGGAUACGCAGAGGUUACGGGUGAUGUUCACUAUGGAUCCUUGACUCACAUCGAAGCACAACAGUAUCGAGGACAAAUCGUCAUGAAUACCGAAGAAGAACUCUUCUUCCCUACACUCACUGUCGGACAAACAAUCGAUUUCGCAACCAGGAUGAAGGUUCCACAUAAUUUACCUUCUAACACAACUACACCAGAGCAAUACCAACAAGCGAACCGAGAUUUCUUACUGAAGAGUAUGGGUAUCUCACAUACUCAUGAGACUAAAGUAGGAAAUGAGUACGUGAGAGGUGUAUCUGGUGGUGAGCGAAAACGCGUUUCCAUCAUUGAGAUGCUUGCUACCAGGGGAAGUGUGAUGUGUUGGGAUAACUCAACCAGAGGAUUGGAUGCAAGUACGGCUUUGGAAUACACGAAAGCUAUCAGGGCAAUGACGGAUAUUUUUGGAUUGGCCAGUAUUGUUACCUUGUAUCAAGCUGGUAACGGUAUCUACAAUCUCUUCGACAAGGUUUUGGUUUUGGAUGAAGGCAAACAGAUUUAUUAUGGACCGAUGAAACAAGCUAGACCUUUUAUGGAAGACUUGGGAUUCAUUUGCGAUGAUUCUGCUAACGUUGCUGAUUUCUUGACUGGUGUUACGGUACCAACUGAGCGAAAAAUCAGACCCGGCUUCCAAGAUCGAUUCCCUAGAACUGCCGGCGAGAUUCUCAAAGCAUACACCAACACCCCCAUCAAAGCCAAGAUGGAACUAGAAUACAAUUAUCCCACGACGGACCUCGCUAAACAACGAACCGUCGAUUUCGCUCACUCGGUCCAGCAUGAAAAGAGUCCCAAGCUCGGCAAAGAUUCUCCUCUCACCACUAGUUUCGUCACUCAGGUCAAAGCCUGCGUUUCCCGACAGUAUCAAAUCAUCUGGGGAGACAAAGCCACUUUUUUCAUCAAGCAACUUGCCACUCUCGCCCAAGCCCUCAUCGCCGGUUCGCUCUUCUACAAUGCUCCUGCUAACUCUGGUGGUCUUUUCCUGAAAUCUGGUGCUCUUUUCUUCUCUCUCCUGUUCAACUCUCUCCUCGCCAUGUCCGAAGUUACAGAUUCGUUUACCGGUCGUCCCAUUCUCGCUAAACAUAAAACCUUUGCUUUGUAUCAUCCAGCCGCAUUUUGUAUUGGUCAAAUCGCAGCCGAUAUCCCCGUUCUACUUGUACAAAUAUCGCAUUUUGCACUCGUCGUGUAUUUCAUGGUGGGAUUGAAACAAGACGCCGGUGCUUUUUUCACUUACUGGGUCAUCAUUUUUGCAGUGGCCAUGUGUAUGACAGCUUGUUUCCGAGCCAUCGGAGCCGCAUUCUCGACGUUCGAUGCCGCCAGUAAGAUCUCCGGGUUCUUGAUUAGCGCCCUGAUUAUGUACACGGGUUAUAUGAUUCGCAAACCAGACAUGCAUCCUUGGUUCGUCUGGAUUUACUGGAUUGAUCCCCUUGCAUAUGGAUUCUCAGCUAUCCUCGCAAAUGAGUUCAAAGGCACUAUUAUUCCCUGUGUUGCAAACAAUUUGGUUCCAAAUGGACCUGGAUAUACCGAUGUAGCACACCAAGCUUGUGCCGGUGUAGGAGGAGCUUUACCAGGAGCUAACAGUGUCACUGGAGAACAAUAUCUCGCUUCGCUCUCAUACGCUUCAUCCCACAUCUGGAGAAACUUCGGAAUCGUCUGGGCCUUCUGGGUUUUAUUCGUUGUAAUUACCAUUUACUGUACCAGUAACUGGAGUGCCUCUGCAGGAAAAUCCGGAGUUCUGUUGAUUCCUAGAGAGAAAGCUAAGAAGAACACUGCUAUUCUGAAGGCUGCCAUGGCAGGUGACGAGGAAGCACAAGCUGUUGACGAAAAGAGCCCAAAGACUUCUCGUCCUACGUCUCAAGACACCAAGGUAGAAGGUGGAAGUGAUGAGCAAUUAGUUCGCAACACCUCUGUAUUCACCUGGAAAAACCUCACAUACACCGUCAAGACACCAUCGGGCGAUCGGGUUCUCCUCGACAAUGUACAAGGUUGGGUUAAGCCCGGUAUGUUGGGAGCACUCAUGGGAUCAUCCGGAGCCGGAAAAACGACACUUCUCGAUGUACUCGCGCAACGCAAAACGGACGGAACAAUCAAAGGAUCUAUUCUCGUUGAUGGUCGACCCCUCUCUGUUUCUUUCCAACGUUCGGCUGGUUAUUGUGAACAAUUGGAUGUGCAUGAGCCAUUUGCUACCGUACGCGAAGCUUUAGAAUUUUCUGCACUUCUCAGACAACCACGAACCACUCCUGACGCCGAGAAAUUGAAAUAUGUUGAUACCAUUGUUGAUCUUUUGGAAAUGCACGAUAUGGAGAAUACCUUGAUUGGAACCACUGGAGCAGGAUUGAGUGUCGAACAGAGAAAACGCUUGACAAUUGGUGUGGAGCUUGUUUCUAAACCAUCGAUUCUUAUUUUCUUGGACGAGCCCACUUCUGGUCUUGAUGGACAAGCUGCUUUUAACACGGUACGAUUCUUGAGAAAAUUGGCAGAUGCCGGUCAAGCUAUUUUGGUUACUAUUCAUCAACCUUCCGCUCAGCUCUUCGCUCAAUUCGAUUCUCUCUUGCUUCUCGCUAAGGGAGGUAAGACCGUCUACUUUGGAGAAAUCGGAGAAGAUUCCAAAACCAUCAAGGAGUACUUUGCCCGCUACGAUGCCGCCUGUCCUGAAUCUUCCAACCCCGCUGAACACAUGAUCGACGUCGUAUCGGGUGCGCUAAGCAAAGGUAAAGACUGGAACGAAGUAUGGCUCAACUCACCCGAAUACCAAUACACUGUCAAAGAGCUCGACCGCAUCAUCGAUACUGCUGCGGCCGCACCACCAGGAACAACAGACGAUGGAUUCGAAUUCGCCAUGCCUAUCUGGGAACAAGUCAAACUCGUUACUCAUCGCAUGAACGUUUCUAUUUACCGCAACACGGAUUACAUUAACAAUAAAAUGGCGCUGCACAUUGGAUCUGCUUUGUUCAACGGGUUCAGUUUCUGGAUGAUCAAACAUUCGGUUGGAGGACUCCAACUUCGCCUCUUCACCGUCUUCAACUUUAUUUUCGUCGCUCCGGGUGUGUUGGCACAAUUGCAACCUCUCUUCAUCGAACGAAGAGACAUUUACGAAACGCGCGAGAAAAAAUCAAAAAUGUAUUCUUGGUGGGCCUUUGCAACUGGAAAUGUCGUCUCUGAAAUUCCUUACCUCAUUAUCUGCGCCAUUCUCUACUUCAUCUGUUGGUACUACACUGUUGGCUUUCCAAACGAUAGCCACAAGGCCGGUUCUGUCCUUUUCGUCAUGAUCUGUUAUGAAUUCAUCUACACUGGAAUCGGACAAUUUAUCGCUGCGUAUGCACCCAACGUUGUAUUCGCCGCACUGGUCAACCCCCUUAUCAUCGGAACACUCGUGUCUUUCUGCGGUGUCUUGGUACCUUAUGCACAAAUUACUGCGUUCUGGAGAUACUGGAUUUACUACCUCAAUCCCUUCAAUUAUCUCAUCGGAUCUCUCCUCGUCUUCACCACAUGGGAUUCUCCCGUCUCGUGCCGCGAAUCUGAAUUCGCCAUUUUCAAUCCUGCAAAUGGUACUUGUGGCGAGUACUUAGCUUCGUAUCUUCAAGGAUUAGGAGCAGCUGCCAAUCUGGUGAAUCCUGAGGCGACGAGUGGAUGUAAGGUUUGUGAGUACAAGACUGGUAUGGAUCAGUUGAAGACUCUUAAUUUGAAAGAUUAUGGUUAUGGAUGGAGAGAUGCGGGAAUUUGCGCAUUGUUUGUUUUCAGUGGAUAUGCGUUGGUGUUCUUGUUGAUGAAGUUGAGAACGAAGAAGACAAAGGGAGCUGAGUAG